AAUGAGGAAGUCGACCUCUCCUAGCACUGAUGUUUGCAGAUGUUUCUCAGGUCCAGUUUAUAAAACGUGAUCCAGCCAUCACGGCUUUUAUUGGAUUAUGAGGCUUUGGGACGGAGCAUGGUUUAGCAGCGAGAAACAGUAAUUAAAACUUUAAAGGUUCAAGGACGGCCCCCAGGAUGGAGGGAAAGAAGCCCAGCGUCUGGGGGAAUCUGCGGCAGAAGGCAAGGCCGUUCUUUGGGAACCUGCGCACUCGGAACCAGCGGGGGGGCAGCAGGCCUGAGCCGUCCCGGCGCAAGCAAGAGCCGGACUGCAGAAAAAGCACGUCUGAGCCGGACAUAUGCCGUGCUCAAGCGAGGGAGGCAGACACGCCUGACGGCCGCUCCAGCAUGCUGGCUGCACCGGACUCUGACAGCACUACCGAGUGGGGUUCUGUGGAGUCCAUUUACAGGAUGGCCCCCCAGGAGCAUGGCUCGGCACCGGCUGGGGCGCCGGGCGACGCAGACUCAGCGGAGACUGUCUCCAUAGCAACAAGAGAACCACCAUCUGAGGAAGUAUCUCAGGAGCAGGAAAACAGCAGCUGCAACCAUAAUGUCAACAGAUGUCAGGGCCUGCAGGAUAGUAGUGUCAUGGAGACAGGUCAUGGCGAGGCCCCAGCUGUACCUCAGAAGAUCCUCUACCUGCUCACUGUCAACCUAAAGGAAGGCCGAGACCUGGUGGUCCGGGAUCGCUGUGGCACAAGUGACCCCUACGUGAAAUUUAAAUUAGGCGGGAAGACAGCUUACAAAAGCAAAGUCGUUUACAAGAGCCUCAACCCAACAUGGAAUGAGUCAUUCUCCUAUCCUGUGCACGAUCUGGAGAAGGCACUUCUGCUUAAGGUGUACGACCGGGACCUGACCACAGACGACUUCAUGGGAGAGAGCAGCAUCUCCCUGAACACGCUGGAACUUAACAGAACACGUGAGAUGAAGUUGUAUCUAGGAGACCCGAACAGUCUGGAAAAUGACAUGGGUGUGAUAGUCGUGGAUGUUUGCCUGUCACUCAGAGUCAGCGGGGACAGGAGUCCCGUGGAUCCGAAGGUGGUUCCAAAAGGAGGAAAAUCCACAAGGCCGGCCUUGGGGGGUCACCGUGGAGCACUCUUGGAUUCCAUGAGGAUACAGCAGCUGUGGAGCAGCGUGGCUCAGGUGACACUCGUGGAGCUUCGGGAACCCCCAGCUGAUGGACCUGCUGACGUCUUCGUGCUCUUCAAACUGGGAGCCCAGAAGUACAGGAGCAAGAUUGUGUGCAAACAAUCCAGUCCACAGUGGAAGGAGAGAUUUGACUUCAAUCACUUCAUUCAUGGCCCUGAUAUGCUGGAGGUGGAAGUUUGGGCCCGGGAUGGGCGGAAGCAUAAAGAGAGCCUGGGCAUGUUUGCGGUGGACCUGUCCCAGAUUCCCAUCAACCAGCAGCAGAUCUACACACAGGUUCUAGAUGAUGGCACAGCCUCUGUGGUGUUCCUGGUCACGCGGACACCUGCCUUUGGGGUCUUCAUCUCAGACCUCUGGGCCUCACCCCUGAAGGAUGCCAGCGAGAGGAAGCAGCUGGAGGACAGAUAUCAUUUGAGGAACAGCUUCAGAAACGUUCAAGACGUCGGUUUCCUCCAGGCCAAGAUUAUCAAAGCUGCGGAUCUGUCAGCAGCUGAUCUGAAUGGAAAGAGCGACCCAUUCUGCGUUGUACAGUUAGGGAAUGACAGGCUUCAAACUCAUACUGUCUACAAGACAUUGAACCCAGAGUGGAACACUGUGUUUACCUUGCCAGUCAAAGAUAUUCAUGAGAAUCUGGAAGUGACAAUCUUUGAUGAAGACGGAGACAAACCUCCCGACUUCCUGGGGAAAGUGCUUAUUCCUUUGCUGUCUAUACAAAAUGGUGUACAGAACUCUUACCUGUUAAAAACACAUGACUUGGGGAGACUGUCAAAAGGAAUAAUAUGUCUGGAAAUGGAUGUGUUUUUUAACCCGGUUAGAGCGAGCAUCAGAACCUUCAAGCCGAAAGAGACAAGGUUCAUUGAGGACAAUCCCAAGUUCUCCAAGAAGGUCUUACAGAGGAAUGUGUACCGUGUUCGGAAGAUAAGCCGUUCCAUCCUGUACACGCUGCAGUACAUUAAAAGCUGCUUUCAAUGGCAGAACACACAACGGAGUCUGAUAGCUUUCGUGAUUUUCCUGGUCACGAUGUGGCACUGGGAACUCUUCAUGCUGCCACUCUCCCUUCUCCUCCUCAUCGCCUGGAACUACUUCCAGGUCGCCUCUGAGAAGGUCAGCCACGAUCUGGACCACAUAGACCUGGGUGAUGAUGAAGACGAGGACGAAAAGGAUACGGAAAGAAGGGGCCUGAUGGAGAAAAUCCACAUGGUGCAAGAGAUCGUGGUCAGCGUUCAGAGUCUGCUGGAGGAGAUUGCAUGCCUCGGGGAGAGGAUCAAAAACACUUUCAACUGGUCAGCGCCAUUCCUGUCAGCUCUGGCCUGCUUGGUCCUGUUCAUUGUGACGGUUAUAACGUACUACAUCCCACUGCGCUACAUCGUCCUGAUAUGGGGAAUUAACAAAUUCACCAAGAAGCUCAGAAACCCCUUCGCCAUUGACAACAAUGAGAUCCUCGAUUUUCUCCAGAGGGUUCCUUCUGAUGUUCAAAAGAUGAAGAGCUUCCCCCCCACAUGGUGUGACAGGAGAAGCAAACUGUGGUGGCCGAUCACCCCAAGCACCCUGCUUGAACUGCACUUUGGCCCAUUUGUAGUCCUUGAAGAGGGGGCCGUCAUACUUGGGAUCAACAAUAAACUCAACACAGCCACAAAGUUGGGGCCUUGAGACUCAAGGUCGGGACAUAUACAGUAUCUGUCUCUAACUCAGCCAGCGCAUCGAAGUGCAUUUUCCCAAUCAGGGUGCUGUAGUGUCCUUAAUGACCCCCCCCUUGCCUGUUAACAUCCAGUUAACCAGCGUGCACUUCAGAAGCCAGCCCUAAAUAUACCUGCUACUGUCAAGACUGGAGAGAUAUGGCCCACUUUGUGUAGUGCCAAGUGAGUUGGCAGUUUGUUAUUCUGUUUUUAUUUUGGGUUCACUGGGAAGGAAAGCACUCUAGUUGGGUUUUUAACAACUCCAGUGGAUAGCAGCUGAACUGUCCUGUUUUCGGCAAGCAUCAGCUAACAGAAUGCUGGCGCCAUGUAGGAUCAGAGCGUGUUUAUCCACUGUUGCCGUUCAUGGCAGUUUAUUAGUCCUGGUCUGCGAGAGUCUUUGUACAUUCAAGGCAAUUACAAAUCCAGAUGGGUCUUCUGACACAGCAGAGCACGGCCCUCCGUCAGUAUGACUGACAUCUCCCAGGUGCCUCAGGGCUUACGGAACUUAAGAGAGUUAGGUUAUGCUGCAGGGGAACCUCGCUGCAGAGGAACCUCGCGAACCCUGAACGUCUUACUGACUAUACAUGAAUAUACAUGCAAAAACAGUUCUGUGUAAGUCCAAUCAAAAUACUCUACUGUUGCUCUACUUGAAAGGGUGAAAAAUGCACAUUACAGUGGUACCUCAGAACUCUUAAUCCGUUCAGAACUCCAGAUCGAAUCCUAAAAAAUUCGGGUUCUGAU